ACGCGCCCUCCACUCCAGAGCCAACGGAAAGAUCUGUCCAACGACCCCCUUCUCUUCCUCCUUCCCGAUGCCGAAUUAUACAAACCGUUGCACACUGAGGUCGGCUGACCAUUCCGUUCGAUGGACGAGUUGCCGGCGCCCGGUAAAGGGAUCUGGGAAGGGAGAUCAAUCCCCCCUCUUGCUCGUUAAUCCCAAAGCAACUCCGCUCAAAUUCCCCAACCGCUCGGACCCAUCGAUUCGAAGGCGUUUCCUGAACGAGGACUUUACGCUGAGCACUGUGCUUCUGCGCUUAGAGGCGCCCACUAGAGAAAGUGGUCCCAGCCCAGCCCCGAAGGAGAGUUUCCGAAAUCCAAUCUGUUCCAGAAACCAAGACUCCAUCGAUGGAUCAAUCAGUGAAACUGCUGCAGCGUCUUCAGGAGGUUCUCCUACCCUGAGCUCUGAUGACUCAUGUGAAGAUGUUCAGGCCAAACCCCCUCAGUUUAACCCAGAGUUGAGGACCAGACAUUGCUUCAAGCAGUUCAGGCGCCAGAGUUGCAGUCCAACGCCCUGGAACAGUGAUAACCAGAAGCUCUCCAGACGCCGCGUCAUAGUUGCACCUACCAUGGUGAAGAUCUCUGGGGACUUGGAGGCAGACAACCGGGUGGUGCUCCCUGAACUCAAGAGUUACUCUACUCAUUCCCAGAGAACCGUGGAAAGAGAGAGGGAUGACGAUUUGCACAACUGGCUCUCCCAAAGGCAGAAGAUCCAGAAAGAACUUGAUUUCUCUUUGGAUUUAGAGAAGUGGGUGUGCACAAAGCCAACCUCCUCUCGGUUGGAGGCAAAAGUGGCGAAGAGGAUUCAAUGCCGCAGAGAGGCCGAGCUGGCAGCGGCCGCAGCUACCCGAAAACUCCCACGCAAACGCAGGGUUAUUCCCAAGCUGAAACUACCAGAACCCGAAGUUCUUUCUCGGCUUCAUGCUUACUUAUACAAGCACAACACCACGCUGGCUGAAGUAUUCACCAAGGGGGGAGGCGCCAGAUGGAAGAUCUCCAGGAGAGAAUUUAUCACAGAAUUGAAGGAGAUCCACGCCCCUGUGACUGACAAGGACUUGGAAGAUCUGGUGAUUUACCUGAGCUCCCUGAACCGGCGAACGGAGAUCAACACUGCCAACAUGGAGAUAUCGUUCAGAGACUGGCUCAGUUCCUUUCAGCUCCGCAGUGCUCUCCUGGAAAACCGGAGAAGGUACAGAUAUAUUUCACCAGUCAAGAAGAAACCUUCUAGAAAGCUACCUCGAAAGCUGAUGUACUUGGAAGUGCCUUCCUUCCCCAUAGAAACCGAGCGCAUGCCUCUGACAUACGAGGAUAUGGAAGAGGUUGGGAGGCUGUACCGAGAGAGGAGGAGAAAAGCUAAGAGAAAGGUCAAUCCCCUAUUAUAUGCUGAAAGAUGCCGCCUGGUGCGUAGCAGGAUCAAGAUAUUUGAUGACAACUGCAUCCCGUCCACGCUCCGGGAAGAGAUGGGGGAGUGGACAAACGUCUAUCGGCAGAAGUGCUUCCUGACCUACCUGCAAAGCGUGACCCGCUGCAGGAAGUAUAACAUCUCACUGACAGAGACGGUCUUAAGUAAAGCUCUGCUCUACCCUGGAGACAAAAUCAUCGAGGAGAAAGGAUUCAUGCGCAAGAUCCGACAGCCCUGGGAGAGUUUCAGUGAUCUCUGGACGAUACGUCCAAGCCCAGUCUUGGAGAAGGAAGAAGAGGCGGAAAUCCCGGAGUCACCGGAGGAAAUGUUCUUUCAGGACAGCUUCGACUGGAGUAACUUCGAAGAGGUUGAUGUUCCGAUCAGUCAGUUGAAAGAGGAGAGCUACACCUCAGAAGACAAUGCAACCCAUCCCAACUUCUUCUGGCCCGGUCACCUCCUGGACAAGCUCCGGCUCUACCUACCAACGCAGGGGCGAGAGCGGGAAAAUCCCCUCUUCAGUUGGAUCCACCAGACCCCACCCGUCUAUCCUGCCGCCUACCAGCCGAUAGACAGGUGGCCCAUCAACUAUCAAGGAUACAUGACCUACGGCAACUAUAACCCCAAGAAGACCUAUCUCAUUUAGAGAGAGCUGGGGUGGGAAAUCCCAUCCUCGCCGUGCUUCAGCAAGCAUGAUACCAAGACGCUGUGAUUUCCCCAGGCUUGCAGCCGAGGUCUCAAAACCUGGAGAAUCAUGUCUUGGUCUGAAGAAACUUGGGGCAUAGAACAAUAAAAUCGCAACAAAGCCA